CGCUUGAUUUGCCUCCGUUCUUUGGAAAGGUGGGGGGAGGCUCCCAGCGCCGGCCCGCCGUAAGACUCAGAAAAGAGGCGCAGAAGAAUCCGCGCGGCGUCGGUGCGCUCGAUCCUCUGCCCGCAGCUCCCCCGCGCUGCUUUUCGGCAGAUCCAAAGUCCUGGCGGGAUUUUCAGCGCUUCGCUUCGAUGUGCUCCUGUCAGCAAAUACAGUUCUCUGUCCUUUGUCUCCAUUUCCUUUCGCUGCUUCUUCUGGCACACGGAGCUACCAGAGUCUACUAUCUGGGGAUUCACGGUGUAGAGUGGAACUACGCUCCAUUGGGAAAGAAUGCAGUUACCGGACAAAGCAUUGCAAAUGACUCUGUCGCUUCCAGUUUCCUCCAACCUGCCAAGGACAGAAUAGGUGGGAUUUACAGGAAAUCAGUCUAUAAGCAAUACUCCGAUUCUACAUAUGCAUUAGAGAUAUCCAAGCCUGCCUGGCUGGGAUUCCUUGGGCCUGUCUUACGAGGUGAAGUGGGAGACACCAUUACUGUGCACCUAAAAAAUUUUGCCAGCUUCCCAUUCACCAUUCAUCCCCAUGGUGUCUUCUACACAAAGGAUUCUGAAGGGGCCCUGUAUCCUGAUAGGUCCUCUGGAGCUCAUAAGGCAGAUGAUGCUGUCCCACCAGGAGGAAACCAUACUUACACGUGGACGGUUCCUGAGGCCCAUGGCCCAACUGCUGAUGAUCCAGCCUGUUUAACAUGGAUCUACCAUUCCCAUGUCAAUGCACCAAAAGAUAUUGCCAGUGGCUUAGUUGGCCCUUUGCUGAUAUGUAAACAAGGAACUCUGAAAAUGCUACCUUCAAGACGCCAUGAUGUAGAUCUUGAUUUCUUACUGAUGUUUAGUGUGGUGGAUGAGAACGAAAGUUGGCACCUGGAUGAAAACAUUGCUUCCUUCUGCACCGAGCCAGACUCAGUCGACAAGGAAGAUGAAGAGUUCAGAGAAAGCAACAGGAUGCAUGCCAUUAAUGGUUUCGUCUUUGGGAACCUCCCUGAGAUCACAAUGUGUGCCGGAGAUCGGGUCUCGUGGCAUCUCUUUGGGAUGGGCAGUGAGAUUGAUGUCCACACUGCCUUCUUCCAUGGACAGACACUGACCAGCCGAGGACACAGGUCUGAUGUGGUCUCCCUUUUCCCAGCAACCUUUGUGGCAGCUGAAAUGGUUCCUCACAAUGUUGGGAAAUGGCUGUUGACCUGUGAGGUCUCUGACCAUUUGCAAGCGGGAAUGGAGGCUCUCUAUGAAGUCAAGCGUUGCUCCUAUCAGGAUUCAGGACCUGACGUAAAAGGGAAACUGCGGCAAUACUACAUAGCAGCCAAAGAAGUGCGGUGGAAUUACGGGCCUUCUGGACUAGACCCAAGUACAGGGAAAAGCCUGCGUGAGCCAAACAGUUUCUCACAGCUGUUCUUUAAGCAAAAUGCCAGUCAACUUGGAGGGACAUAUUGGAAAGCCAAAUACGUUGAAUAUACGGAUGGGACUUUUCGUGUGGAGAAAGAACAGACGGAGGAAGAAAAGCACCUCGGGAUACUUGGUCCAGUGAUCAAAGCCGAAGUAGGUGACACCAUUCAGGUGACCUUUGCCAACAAAGCCUCGUGGCCUUUCAGCAUCCAGCCCCACGGUGGGUUUUACAGGAAGCCGUGGGAAGAAGCCCCACACCAGGAUGAUCUACUCAAAAAUGGAGCAUCCAUCAAGCCAUUUGGCAACUUCACAUAUCUCUGGGUGCUACCACCACAUGUUGGCCCCACAGCCUCUGACCCUCCUUGCCUGACCUGGAUGUAUUCUUCUGCAGUGGAUCCCACAAGAGACAUCAACUCUGGCUUAGUGGGGCCCUUACUCAUCUGUAGGCCUGGCACGCUCAAUGAGAGAAACAAGCAGAGAGGCAUUGAUAAAGAGUUUUACCUUUUGUUUGGUGUGUUUAAUGAAAACCUAAGCUGGUAUCUGAACACAAAUCGGAAGUAUCUGAAAUACACAUUGGGGAAAGAAGAACUGUUUGAGGAUCACAUCUUCAAAGAGUCCAAUAGAAUGCAUGCCAUCAAUGGAUUCCUCUUUGGAAAUUUGCCUCUCCUGGAUAUGUGCAAGGGAGAUACCAUUUCCUGGCACCUGCUGGGCUUUGGCAGUGAAACCGAUGUUCAUGGGGUUGUUUUCCAAGGAAAUACCAUUUUGAUGAAUGGGAUGAGGCGAGAUACAACCAGUCUCUUCCCUCACACCUUCGCCACAGCCCUCAUGCAGCCCGAUAACCAAGGCACUUUUGGUGUGUACUGUCAGACCAGCAACCACUAUCAGAAUGGAAUGAGAGGCAGUUACUCUGUUCGACAGUGUGGGGAAAAGGCCUAUUUUCCAGACCGACAGUAUGGGACAGUGAGAACCUUUUACAUCAUGGCAGAGGAGACAGAGUGGGACUACGCUCCAGACCGCAGCUGGGAGUCAGAAAGGCACAACAGCUCUGGAGAGGAAAGGUAUGGUGACAUAUUUCUCAACCAUGAGAAUGGACGACUGGGCUCCCGGUACAAGAAAGCUGUUUAUAGGGAAUAUACAGAUGGGACAUUCAAGAUCCCGAAGAACAGAAUAGAUGCUGAGCAACAUCUGGGGAUAUUAGGUCCCUUUAUUUGGGCAGAAGUGGGAGAUGUGUUGAACAUCGUUUUUAGGAACAAUGCCACGCGGCCUUACUCCAUUCAUGCCCAUGGAGUCCUGGAAAAGAACCACAGAGACUCCAAGACAGCAGUGCCUGGAGAAAUUGUAACCUAUCAAUGGGAUGUUCCUGAAAGAUCUGGUCCAGGGCCAAACGAUUCAGCCUGUUUGAGUUGGAUCUACUAUUCCACAGUGGAUCGUGUCAAGGAUUUGUACAGUGGCCUCGUUGGCCCCCUGAAAGUUUGUCGUAAAGGGACCCUGGAUUCUAACGGUAGAAGGAGAGGCGUGAGCAAGGAAUUCGCCCUCCUCUUUUUAGUUUUUGAUGAAAAUCAGUCCUGGUACCUUGAGGAGAAUGUGAAGAUUUAUAUCCAAGGGGAUUGGAACCGUUCCCACCAGCAGGAUGAAGAAUUUAUGGAAAGCAACAAAAUGCAUGCAAUCAAUGGUAAAGUAUAUGCAAACUUGCCCGGGCUGGAGAUGUGUGAAGGAGACUGGGUGAACUGGUAUCUGCUGGGAAUGGGCCAGGAGAUUGACGUGCACACCAUUCACUUCCAUGCAGAGACAUUCAUCUACCGGAAUGGCAAGAGUUACCGGGCUGAUGUGGUGGAUCUCUUCCCUGGGACCUUUGAAAUGGUGGAGAUGCAGGUUGGCAAUCCUGGCACCUGGCUUCUUCACUGCCACGUGGCUGACCAUAUCCAUGCUGGCAUGGAAACGCUUUUCACAAUCCUACCCCGCCAAGAUGCAGAACACUGCAGAUACCAUGUAUUCAAAAUUACAGCAGAAACAUCUGAGGAGGUAACUGGAUGUCCUUCUGAAGAAGAUCAUAUUGAAGCUUCUGAAGAAAAAAUUUCCCACGACAUCAUUUUGUUUGGCUCAACGCUAAACCAGGGACAUGUAGAAGCAGCAAUUAUUACUCUUGCUGUUGCUGGGGUGGUGCUCUUCAUCACUGCAAGUGUUCUUCUUGGUGUGAUCAUUCACCUCAAAAGACAAAAGAAGUUGAGACGCAACAAGCGGUCUAUAUUGGACGAAAGCUUCAAACUGAUGCGUAGUCAAAAGCGUGACCUUUAGAAAAGGUCUUGGGAGUUUUUAAGCCAGGCAGUAGUGUAAAUGGCCCAGAAUAGGAUUUAGCAAUCAUUUUCUGAAAAUUCAAUGAGAAAUUUUACUAGUAAGUCCUUCUGCCUAUUAUAUUCACUUUACAUUUUAAGGUUUCAGGUAUCCCAAGUCUCAGAUUAAUUCCCAGAUCCUUACACCCUUAUUCACUGAAGGACAGGACAGGACCUAAGGUAGAGCCCCCCAAAGUUAUGGGCAGUCAAUAAAUUUGAUAAAUAAAUAAGUAAAUCAAUCCAGACUGGAUACUCAGUCAAAAAUCCUUUGGUCAACAGUUUCCAGCUUCUUGCAUCAGCUUAUUCCCUAUCUGAUGCUACAGUACAACCUGAGACCUAGAUCUCCUGCAUUCCUUCAUUCUUGAGGCAAGUCACCAUUCCGUGAGAUUAGCCAAUAUAGUUUGUGCCUGUUGAACAUAAUACUUGGUUAGGGAGAAGCAACAGGCACAGAGAAGGUUCUUCUUCUUUUUCCUUGCCAUGUAUAUUUCCACAUCAUCUUGUUCAAAGUCUCAAAAUAUUCCUUCUCCAAUUUUAUCGGAAUUGUUUGAAAGAAGAACAAAAUUCUUGGCAGUACAUUCAUUUUAAUUAAUGCUAUUCUUCCCAUUCCAUGGGGUCGCGAUGGGUCGGACACGACUUCACAACUAACAGCAACAACAAUUCUUCCCAUUAAUGAUAGUUGCAGAUUUUUUCAUUUUUCCAAAUCUAUUUCAAUUUGAUUCCUCAAUUUAUAGUAAUUAUCUUCCUUCCACGUAAUACAUCUUGAAGUUAAUUGAAUGCCCAGAUAUCUUACUUUCUUUACUAUUUGAAUAUCUAAGUUCUGCAUUAGUUGCUUCUUUUGUUUUUCUCUCAUGUUUUUGACUAUAAUUUUAGUUUUAUCUUUAUUUAUUUAAUCCUGCUACCUCUCCAUAUUCCUCUAUUUGUUGCAUUAACUUUAAACCCGUUGCCAUUGGUUCUUCCAUAAUGAAUACUAAAUCAUCCGCAAAUGCUUGUAGCUUGUGUUCUUCUUUUUUAAUUUUCAUUCCUUUUAUUUCUUUAUCUUGUCUUAUUUUUCUAUUUAAAACCUCUAACGUCAAGAUAAAUAACAAUGGAGAUAACGGACAUCCUUGUCUAAUUCCUUUUCUGAUAUCUACUUUUUCUGUCACUUCGCCGUUUAUUAUUACCUUUGCCGAUUGAUCUUUAUAUAUAGUCUUUUUUUUUUUUAUUUUAUUCAAAAAGUUUUACAAAAAAUUUUUUCCCCCUUUCCCCCCAACCCCUCUCCCUUCACAAACCCCCUCCCCCUCCCCCCCUGGCUUCCCGGAACAAACACAAGGUAUAGUUAAAAAUAAAACAAACAUAUGCUAAAAAAAAAAAAUUUUUUUCCCAAAACUAUUAUACCAAUUCUCCCUCUCUAGCUCUGACUUCCUCCUUACAUAACCAAAUCCUUCAAAAAAUUAACAAUAAACAAUAAUAAAAUAUAUAAAUCAGUAGAACAAAUUAAUCCUAAAAUAUUUAAAACCAGCUAAAACAUAAAAAUCCAAUCCAGUUCAGAGAAUAUCUCCCUUAUAGCUUCUAUAACCAUAUAACCAUAUAAUUCUUUCGGGGA